UGGACAGUAUUCUCCGCGUUACACAAGGUGUUUCGUAAAUUUGUAAUUUAUGAAACUUAUUUGUGUAAUAGAGGCGUUGACAAGCUCGCUUCACAACUAUAAACACAUCAUCUUCACUGCAGGAGACGCAUUUUCUCCUCCACACCUUGAUACGGUUGGAAUAAUGUGGGGUUCGGGUCUGCUGCUCCUACUAGUGACACUCUGGCAUCACUCCCAUGCCCAAAACCUGAAUCCCAUGCUUCAGGUUGUUACACAGACCAUGCUUCCCCCUGACAAUCUGCACAAUCCCACACAACUCAACUAUGGGAUGGCUGUGACAGAUGUGGAUGGUGAUGGUGACCUGGAAGUGGUGGUGGCAGGGUACAACGGGCCCAACCUGGUGCUGAAGUAUGACAGGACUCAGAAAAAGCUGGUAAACAUUGCUGUUGAUGACAGUAACUCUCCAUACUAUGCUCUGAGAGACCAGGCAGGAAAUGCUAUUGGAGUUGCUGCCUGCGAUGUGGAUGGAGAUGGACGAGAAGAAAUCUAUUUUCUUAAUACAAACAAUGCCUACUCUGGACGAGCAACAUACACUGACAAGCUCUUCAAGUUUCGUAAUGGCCGCUUUGAAGAUCUGCUCAACGAUGAGCUGAAUGUACGUCGUGGUGUUGCUAAUCGGAUGGCGGGACGUUCAGUCGCAUGUGUUGAUAGAAAGGGAACAGGCCGUUACUCAGUCUACGUGGCGAACUACGCCAGUGGAAAUGUUGGCCCCCACGCUCUCUUAGAAAUGGACGAGGCUGCCAGUGAUGUGAGCAAGGGCAUCAUCGCGCUGUCUGACGUAGCUGCUGAGGCCGGAGUCAACAGGUACACAGGUGGUCGCGGUGUGGUCGUUGGACCAAUCCUGAGCGAGUCGAGGUCUGAUGUGUUCUGUGACAAUGAAAAUGGACCCAACUUCCUGUUCAAGAAUAAUGGAAAUGGGGCUUUUGUUGACAUGGCAACACAGGCAGGUGUGGAGGACCAAUACCAGCAUGGCAGAGGAGUAGCACUGGCUGACUUCAAUGGAGAUGGAAAGACAGACAUUGUUUAUGGCAACUGGAACGGCCCACACAGACUUUUCCUGCAGCGCAGCGAUUCCAGUUUCCAGAAUAUUGCUACUGGAAGAUUUGCUGAAGCCUCACCUAUUCGCACAGUCAUUGCUGCUGACUUUGAUAAUGACAAGGAGUUGGAGGUGUUCUUUAACAAUAUUGCCUACAGAGGAAAUGCUCCCAAUAGGCUGUUCAGGGUCUCAAGGAGGACUAAUGCAGACCCUUUGAUCCAGGAACUUAAUGUGGGAGAUGCUGAAGAGCCACAAGGGAGAGGAACAGGUGGUACUGUGACUGACUUGGAUGGGGAUGGACAGCUGGACCUGCUGUUGGCACACGGGGAGAGCGCCCAGCAGCCAAUCUCUGUCUUUAAGGUCACGCAGGGAUCAUCCAAUAACUGGCUGCGGGUCAUUCCUCGCACCCAGUUUGGUUCUUUCGCCCGGGGUGCCAAGGUGACAGUCUUCACCAGUCAGAGUGGAGCUCACACGCGCAUCAUUGAUGGAGGCUCUGGAUAUCUAUGUGAGAUGGAGCCAGUCGCCCACUUUGGUUUAGGAAAUGAUGAGGUGAAGGUGCUCGAGGUCUCCUGGCCAGACAGCACUAGUUUUACUCGAGCUCUUCAGGCUGGUGAAAUGAACUCUGUGUUGGAAGUCACCUAUCCCAAAGAAGGGGAAACCACUGAGCUUGCCAAUGACACGCAGUGUGGUAACGGCUUUACUGUCAGGAAUGGACGCUGUGCAGUAUCAGAAAUGAAGUGAGACUAGUCUUCAGGGAAAAGACAACCUCUAUCCAGCGCUGGUCACCUGGAUCUAACACCUGCUAGAACAAAUUACUGUGACAUGCAUGGAGCAUGUCCAUCCUGAACUUUGCUUGUUUGUUUUGAUGAGCUGGCUGCAUGUGGAAGCUGUAGUGCCAAAUAACCAGUUAGUGCAUGCAGGCAUGAGGAAUUUGUAACAAAAUAAGCAAUACGCUUAAAUUGUUAAGUAAUUUUUUAAGGCAGGUUUUUUUUGUUACCUCUGUGCUACUUAGGUAUCGGUGACUGCUAGCAGUGUCCACAAUACCACGGCCCUGAGUGGACAUUAUCAAUUUGUUAAUUUCUUUACCACUUUGUCAGCUUUGUCUGCUGUGAAGACAAAAUGCCUUUAGAAAAAAAGGGCUGCAUAAAAUUAUACAUCUUUGGUUUUUUUGGAAAUGGUGUCCGUCUCCAGUAAAUUUAAGAUUUAAUGAUGUUUAAUAUUGUUGUCUUUUACACUGAUUUACGGAUCAUGUUACUGUCAAGCUAAAGAAUUAAACCAAAUAUUUUGGUAAUAAACUCUAAGCUUACUGACAUGUCAAACAAAGUGUACACAACAUUGCCUUUGAGUUUAAGUGACAAAUCCAGCAGCUACAUUAUCACUGAUUUGGGCUGUUUGCUUACUGUAUCUUUAAUGCAUUAUUGAUAACUCAGUGAGAGCUUUGACACUGAAACAAAGCACUUGGAUUUUAGACUAACAAUUUGAUCAAGUACUGAAAACUGUGGAGCUCAGAGGAACUACACGACCAGUAUGUCAUCCGUAGGCGUUGCUAUGAGCAAUCCUCUUCACCUUCCAUGCUGAGAGUAUUAAUGCAGAAAUGUUAACCAGUGCUGCUUUUGAUAUUUGCAAACUUCCAUUUAGCAGCUGCUCUUCUAUAUUCCUGCUUAGAUAAUCUGUGUCCUUCCUUCCAUCACAUUUGAUUUGAUGCUGAGGAUGGUAGUGUUGUCUGAAUGGGGCAGGUUCAACUAGAAAGAUUUUUAUACCCAAUCUAAAUGAUGACACUCUAAGGCAGAGAGAAAAAUUGGCAACAACAGAUAAAGGGAGGGAAAUAUGGAUGCCUGGGAGGUAUUUAUAGCGUUGCACUUGCUUGUUUACAUGAAACUUGGUUUCUGGUUUAUGUCCAACAAGCAGCUCAGAUUGAGUACUGAGCCUUU